AUGGCCCUAGUGCCCUCGCCCCCGCGCGACAAAUACCCGCCCCUGCCCGACGACAAAUUUCCCUGGAAGGAGCCCCCCGCCGUCGCAAUCACGCCCUGCGAUCCCUGGCCGCGCCCAUACUACCUCGAAGAUGGCCUGCGCAAGGUCACGCCCUACCACUUCACAUACAAUACUUUCUGCAAGGAAAGAUGGCGGGGCAGGGAAAUUCUCGACAUCUUCUCUAGCGAGUUCCGCGACCGCCCAGCCGAGUACUACAAGCAGGCCAUAGAAGAGGGUCGCGUAGUUAUCAAUGGCCAGCCAGUCCCGAGCACGAAGACGAUAGUCAAGAACGGCGAUGUCAUAUCCCACACCCUCCACCGCCACGAGCCUCCGUGCACCGCGCAGCCCAUCGGCAUCGUCCACGAAGACGACAACAUGAUCGUCAUCAACAAGCCCGCCGGCAUGCCCGUACACCCCGCCGGCCGCUACAACUUCAACUCCAUCAUCGAGAUCAUGAGGGCCGACCGUGGCUAUACCUGGAACCCGUUGCCGUGUAAUCGACUCGACAGGCUCACCAGCGGCAUUAUGUUCAUUGGCAAGCACAAGCAGGCGGCAGAGGAGCUGAGUGCACAAAUCAGAGGGAGGACGGUCAAGAAGGAGUACAUCACGCGAGUGGUAGGCGAGUUCCCAGAAGGAGAGAUCCUCUGCGAGAAGCCUAUCUUACAGAUCAGCCCGAAGCUCGGUUUGAACCGCGUGCGCGCAAACGGCAAGGAAGCGAAGACGGUCUUCAAGCGGUUGGCAUACUACCCGCCCAAAGACGACGGAAAUAAUGGCGAGAAGCAGGAUGGAGAGACAGGCCCCAACGGUCAGCCGUGGAAGAAACUCCGCGGUUACUCCAUUGUGCGCUGCAUGCCAGUAACAGGCCGCACCCACCAGCUCCGCGUCCACCUCCAGUUCCUCGGCCAUCCCAUAUCGAACGACCCCAUAUACGCCAAUCAGCGCGUGUUCGGCCCCACCCUCGGCCGCGGACAAUCCGAAGACGAAGACGACGAAGACAUCAUGUCCCGCCUCUCGCGCAUGGGCAAGGAAGAAGUCGCCGAUGCAGUCGCAUACCACGACGAAAUGGUCGAUGCCUACAACAAAAGGAAAGCGGAGCGAAUGACCGGGGAGAAAUGCAAAGUGUGCGAUACAGACCUGUAUAGCGACCCGGGUGUGCACGAGUUGGGUAUCUACCUGCACGCGCGCAGAUACAGGUGUGAAGAAGGGAAGUGGGACUAUGAGACUGGCUUGCCUGAAUGGGCGUUGCCACCACCUGGAUAUGAAGGCCCUACAGAAAGCACAGCGGAGUCUGAUCCUUUGGCCGUGGACCUCAAGAAGCUGGGGUUGGAGGACGAUGAGCCCAACAAGGAGACACCCACAAACGGCACCAAGGAUACAAAUUCAGCAGCUGUGUCGAAAGAACCGGCUGCUGCUAGUGCUGCCGCCUGA